UGCCACUCGACUCACAACGCCAAGUACGCACUAUGUCGACGCCCACGCUCUGGCCAUAUCCCGAGGAUGUGCCACACCUCCUCGUCCCGCACCUCCCUUACCCUACGCUCACGAGGCUAACUCGCGUGAACACGCUGUUGAACAUGCUCCUCACGCCAUACCUAUACCACACAAUGAUAAUCGACGACCGGCACCGCGGCCUGCGCCUCCGCCGUGCCCUCCAGUCCCCUGGGGCCAUUCAUACCCGCGUGCUCUACAUUGACGCCCAACACUCCUGCGACGAGUGCCACGCCGCGGGCCCGCCCAACCUUCCCAACCUCUCGCGCGUCGUCCUUACCUUCGACCGCGGCGUCUCCCUCACGAAGCCCGACGGCGUAUGGCCCGACGACCCGUGCCGCACCCUCUCGCGCGCACGACCCGAGACACUGGUCGUGCGGGUGCGGAAUCACUUCGUGGACGCCGUCUAUCCCGCACUGCGGCAUCAUAUGCGCCGUAAAGUGUACGAGAAUGCCGACGUUGUCGUCUCGACGCUGGUCACAAGCCGCCAAGACAUUCAGCCCGCACAGAGGGGGUGGCAGGGGCAUGCCACCCAGAUCCUCCUUCCGGCUCCUGACAUCGAGGCCGCACUGGCAUGGCGCCGCUUGAGGUGUCUCGCGGAGCACGCGGGCUCGGGCGAGCACACGCUCACCCUGGUUGGUCUCGAAGCAUAUGGCGUGCCAAACGAGGUCUUGGAAGAGGAAGAGCGAGUGUACGAGAAGGGGCGGCUCGAGGCGAGUAUUGUGAAGGAAAGCGAGCCUCCGCCAGUCGUGGAGGACGAAGGAGAAUCUGAGCACGCGUUCCGAGGCGAAGUCGCGCGGUCAGCGAGAGAGAGGGCACGGAAACAGGGGCACGAUCCUGGGCAGGUCGAGGCAGAGGUAAAGCAGUGUUUGGGAGGGCUGCGUCUAGUCCGUAUGACUGAGUAUCUGCGUGGGCGUGAUUGGGAGGGCGAGGUGCCACCGACCAUGGCUCUCAAGGUGAUGCAGGAGCCGUAGUAUGCAAGUGAUAUGGAGUAGUGCUACAGUCUUAGGCUUCGCGAGUUCCUUCAUCUCGUUAUGCAUGACUUCCAACAAG